UAGCUGAUGAAUAAACCAUCUGGAUUGACACAAGAGCGCAUGUUGAUGAUGUAGGCUGCUGGGACGCACGUGGUACCGGUAGUGUUUGGCAGCACCAGCAUGGCAACUGUUCAAGUCAGUGAAGCCGAAAAGGUGUACAUUUUGCAUGGCAUACGGGAUGACUUGCGAGUGGAUGGACGAGGCUGCGAAGACUACCGACACAUGGAGAUAGAGACGGACGUGGUGUCAAACACAGAUGGCUCAGCCAAAGUCACACUGGGUCACACAGCCGUACUAGUCGGAGUCAAAGCUGAAAUAGGAAAACCAAGGUCUACGGUACCAGACGAGGGCUACCUGGAGUUCUUUGUUGACUGCUCUGCGAAUGCCACCCCAGAGUUCGAAGGUCGAGGCGGAGAGGAGCUGGGUACUGAACUGAGUAACACCCUGUACAAGGUGUUCAACAACAGACGCAGCGUGGACCUGAAGAAGCUGUGCAUCAGCGCAGGAGAGCACUGCUGGGUGCUCUAUGUGGACGUACUGCUCCUUCAGUGUGAUGGAAACUUAUUUGAUGGCAUUUCUGUGGCUAUUAAGGCAGCCCUGUUUAACACAAGACUUGCCAGAGUGCACCUGUCAGAGGACGAGGAAGGGGGGAAGGAGAUCGAGCUGUCGGACGACCCGUACGACUGCGUGAGGCUGGACGUGGAGAAUGUGCCGUGCAUCGUGACCCUGUGCAAGGUGGGCCACAGGCACGUGGUUGACGCCACUCUGCAGGAGAAGGCCUGCUCUGUCGCCAGUCUCAUCAUCUCCGUCACGCACAGGGGCACGGUCACCUGUGUCCGCAAGCUGGGGGGAGGGAGCCUGGACCCGGAGAGCAUAUUUGAGAUGACUGAGACGGGGAAGCGGGUGGGGAAGGCCCUCCACACCCCACUCAUGGAUCUGCUGAACAGCGAGGAGAGGCUGGGAAGCAGGAGACAGAAGGUUGGCUUCCUCGGCUGAAACCGGAUGUUUGCAUUUUUCUAAUAAAACACAUUUUGUACAGUC